GUUCUAGGUGUUUGGACGGCGGGUUGUGUGUAAUAAAGCGUUUUGCCUUUGCUUUUACGUCUUUAAAACUAAAUAAUUAUUUUUGAUUAUCAAUUUGAUAAGUGUCUGACCUUAUUUAAGUAUACGAGAUGUCGCGCUACCGGGAAUGGGACCUGUCAUGCAAAGUUUAUGUGGGCAAUUUGGGUACAAAUGCAUCGAAAUACGAGAUAGAGAAGGUGUUUUCCAAAUACGGGAGCAUAAGAAACGUGUGGGUGGCGCGCAAUCCUCCGGGUUUUGCGUUCGUGGAGUUUGAAGACCCGCGGGACGCCGAAGAUUCAGUGCGAGGUCUCGAUGGGACGCGCUGCUGCGGCACCAGAAUCCGCGUCGAGAUGUCCAACGGACGCACCCGACGUGAGAGAAGGUCCCGCAGCCGCAGUCCCCGCCGGCGAUCGUACUCGCGCGGCCGCUCGCCCUCACCGCGUCGCUCGCCGUCCGUGAGGCGUCGCUCGCCGUCCGUGCGUCGCUCGCGCUCGAGGGACAGGCGUAGCCGGUCGGAGAGCAAGAACAGGGACGUAGACUGAUAUCUGGAGCCUAGAUGUGCAUGCUUGUAUAGGCGUUACGUAUAUAUUAAUCAGCGGAUAUGGCAGAGUAAAAGGGACAGAUAGUGACGCGAACGAAUGCGUAUGUGUGAGUGUUUGACAUGUAUGUAGUACAAUAAAUUUUAUUUCACGGAUCGGCGACAAUUACUCUCUGCCUCGUGACUUGACAUAAUUGAAGAUCAAUUUGUAAAUCUACACAUAAUAUUGUAUAUCAGUUUACUAAAGAUAUCUUAAGACUAAGUAUAAAAUCGGUAUUACAUUUAAUUCGGUUAGCUAAGGACACAAUAAAUAUAAGGCGUAAUA